AUGCUCCAGUCAAAUUUGACGUUGGUAACAUUUUUUGUCUUUCUGGGCUUUUCCCACUACCCCAGAGUGGAGGAGGUCAUCGUCUUGCUGUGCUUACUGAUGUACUUGGUCACCUUGCUUGGUAAUAUAACCCUAAUCUCCAUCACCAUCCUGGAUUCCCGUUUACACACCCCCAUGUACUUCUUCCUCAGCAACCUCUCCUUUUUAGACAUCUGUUACACUUCUUUUGGUCUCACUCCAAUGCUGGCAAACUUUUUUUCAGGAAAGAACACCAUCUCAUUCUUAGGGUGUGCCGUUCUUAUGUACUUCCCUCUUGCCAUGGGUUCUACUGAGUGUGUGCUCCUGUCUCUGAUGGCCUAUGACCGUUAUGUGGCCAUCUGCAAUCCCUUGAGAUAUCCCGUCAUCAUGAACAAGAGGGUUUGUGUGCAGAUUGCAGCUGGCUCCUGGGUGACAGGCUGCUUCACAUCCAUGGUGGAAACAGUCUCUGUGCUGCAGCUCUCUCUGUGUGGAAAUAACAUCAUCAAUCAUUUUAACUGUGAAUUUCUGACUGUCUUGAAGUUGGUUUGUGUGGACACCUCUGUGGUACAAUUAGUGAUAUUAGUGAUCACUGUAUUACUCGUUCCCAUGCCAAUGCUUUUAAUUGGUUUCUCUUAUGCAUCUAUCCUCUCCAAUAUCCUGAGAAUCAGUUCAGCAGCUGGUAGAAGUAAAGCCUAUUCAACUUGUGCAGCUCAUUUGACUGUGGUAAUUUUGUUCUUUGGGACCGCUCUCUCUAGGUACCUGAAGCCAUCAUCUGUAGACUCUCAGGAAAUAGAUAAAUUUAUCUCCUUGGUAUAUGCGGGGGUAACCCCCAUGUUGAAUCCCAUUAUCUACAGUCUACGGAACAAAGAGGUGAAAGCAGCUGUAAAAAAAUUGCUGGUUAGAAAUCCAUUUGUACUAUCUUAA